AUGCCUUUAGGGUUUUUGGAGCUGCCUUUCGCUGAGCGAGCCCUCAGCGGCACUUGGGCGAACUUCAGUUGGCGCCCCCGACGGCCUCUUUAUUUUCCGGGACAGAAGCGCCAAUCACUCAUUGCCAAGGAGGCUUUGGCUAUCCUCGAUUGUCGCCAUUCCGAAAGAUGGAGCAAAUUGCUCGAUGCUGUCACUCUCGCAGAGAAGCGCUUUGGUAUUGAGAAUGCUGUCAGUGGAUGUGGUGGAAGCUGCGCGGGCACAGCCAGACGAUUGGAGCUCAUGGCUCUUGAAAGUACAUAUCCUUUCAGGAAAGUGGCUGAGCUCUACCCGCCAGCAGAAGAAGCUGUUAUGGCACGGGAUUUGACGCUGAGGUUCUUCGGCUUUUCGAACAGAUUCCUCCAGGUCGUGACAUGUGAGAUGACCGAAGAGGACUCGGAGCUGGCGUCCAGUGAAUUCUGCAUAUACGGGAUGCUUUUUGUGAAACACUUUUGGCCUCAUGCCUUGCCGCAGCUGACAUUGCACUACGUCGAUUUGUUUUUGGGGAAGGACUACGCCGGCGACUUUUUGAGCGCCAGCUCUUGGCCGUUGAGCUUUUGGGAUUUGAUCUUGGGGACCGAGCCCGUCACGAAAGGGACGUCCAAGCGCACUGCACGCUUGCUUCUAAGCCAGACUGGAGGAGCGUUGAGCCAACUGGUGAACGCACCGUUGCUGCGCACUUCCGUUGAUCCUCAGGGCCUUGGAGCAGGAGGCCUCCGCCACCCCAGCUGGCAGUCGCUGCAAGUGGCGGCGGAGAUGGGGCACAUCUCCGUGACGGUGCCUUGUGUGAGAUCAGACGGGGCACUAAAGAGGCCCAAACACAUCCAAACACCACCGUUUUUCUUAUCUUUUUUCCCCAACAGCGAAGCUAGGGGUCUGCCAUAG